CAAAGUAGUUAUUCUGAAGUUUCCGAACUACAAUUCAAACUCAUAUUAAUAUAUGAAGGAAAUUUUUUUAAUUAUCAAAAUUAAUUGAAGAUUUAUUAUUGCUGUAAUGAGUCAUUCUGGCGAAGAGCAUUCAAGGCAUAAGAAGCUGCUUGAAAAAUUAAGCAGCGAUGAAGAUGAAGAAAACGAAUCAAAAUUAGUCCACAAGGACCAGCAAUUAAAUUCAAUAGAAGAAGAGAAUUAUUCGUUUUCUAAUAAUGCUACUUGUUGGGUCUGUAAUGGUUUUUAUGGUCCAAAUUACGAUGAACCGACUUGCGGAAUUUGUCAUGCAUUUUUGUAUACAACGGAAUUGGGUGAGGAAUAUGAAACUACAAUUUCUGAUGACGAAGACUCGGGUAACGAUGAGCCACCUUUCAAAGAUAAGCAAGACGAUGAUGAAGACAACAAUGCCGUUAAUAUAGUAGAUCAUGAAGUAAAUAGUGAUAAUAUACAUGAUGAUGUGAACUCAGUGGUGAAUGUAGAUGAUAAUAAACAGGUUGAUAAUGAUGUCCAGAAAGAACUUUCUUUGUUAGCAAUACAGAGACCGAAUCCAACAGCACCACGUUCUUUGCCUCAUUAUUUGGAAUUGCUGAGUGACGCACGGAAAAAUCGUCAAGAAAAUCAAAGCGAUAGUACAACACAUAUAAGUGCUUUGCCAGUUGAAAUAAUGGUGAUGAUUUUUUCAAAUUUAGAUGAUAUGUCAAUGUGGAAAGCGAGCGAGGUAUGUCAACAAUGGCAUGAUAUAAUAGAAAAGAACACCUCACAAGUAAUGUGGAAAAAGUAUCUAAAAGAACGUUGGCCACUUUUUAAUGAUAUGACAAACGUGCCAAAUUGGUUAAAUAUGUAUGGUGCUUUGAUGUAUUCAUGUUUCUGUCGCACAUGUUUGGUGCAAAUGGCUUUUAAAUCGCCAUCAGCACAUGCCCGUCAAAAUGUGAUUCGUUUGAAUUAUCUCCGUAAUGAUAUUUACUUAUUAAAUAGUUAUGCAACGGAAGGAAUUGAAGCUAUUCCUUUGGACAAAGAAAAUAAUCAGUACUGGCAAGCCAGUAUAUUGGGCCCAGCAGGCAGUCCAUAUGAAGGAGGCAAAUUUUAUUUAUUUAUAUUUCUUCCUGACCGAUACCCAAUGAUUCCACCAACAGUGCGGUUCCUUACUAAAAUAUUACAUCCAAAUGUCUCUAGACAUGGUGAUGUUGGAAUUGAUAUAUUCCAACACAAAUGGUCGUUGGCUUUAACAAUAUGCAAAGUUUUAUUGUCAGUUCAAAGCUUACUUACUGAUCCUUAUACAGAGAUUUGCAUGGAGCCUGAACUAGGUUAUAUGUACGAAAAUAAUCGUGAGCGUUUUGAGCGUUUAGCCCGCAGAUGGACAUGGAAGUACGCAAUUCUUGAACUCAUGCCACCAAAUUGAUGAAUGAAUCAUUAUUAAAAAGAUUUUAAGUUUUUUUAUUUAUUAUUAUAAAAUUAUAGUUUAAGUGCUCACAUUUGACUGAUUUAAAAUUGAAAGUACAUCUACUAUUCCUUAUCAAGAACUUUAAAAUUACUCGUAUGUUAAGAGUCCCUUUGUUUUGGAGAUUUGUACACCUUUUAAAUGUAUUAUUCAAAGCAUUAUAAUUAUAAGAACAUGGCAUGACAAUAUAUGGAAUAUGAAAAAUAUAAUUUUGAAUAUUACAGCAUUUCUGUUAGUAAAAUUUCAACGAUUUUGUAGUCAGAUAAACCA